GCUCAGCUCACGUCUCCUUUUGGAUCUCCUUGUCUCAUUGCUACGUCAGACCGUUUUCCUUGGUCUGUCAGUUUUUUUCACGAGCGUUUUGUCGAAGACCCAUCCAGCAGACAUGCUGGCGCCGACAAGGGCAGCAUCAACAGCAGCCCGCUGCCGAUGGCACCGACAGCCGCAGAGCUACCACACACACCAAGCACCGCUAAACAACAAUAACAUCAGGAGAAGGAGAAGGAAACCCCCAUGCCGUCGCAGCGGUAGUUCCGCGUUCUCCGCCUCCCUGUCCCUGCUACUACUUUUAGCUGUCUGCUGCUGGUGCGGGCGAGAGGCGGCGGCGGCGGCUCCAGGAAGCCCGCUAACGCUGCGCGUUCGCAUGCCGGACGGCGCCGUCAAGCGCGUGAAAGCGACGGGCGCGGACACGAUGGACGGCAUACUGUCCAAGCUGGGGAUGGAGAAGGGCGGCGGGGGCAGCGGGGAGGGGUUGGGCACGAAUGCCUCUGCAGGGAGUUCCACAGCGGACGGUGCGACGUCGGUGGCUGCCCUGGGUCUAGGGAACGGGGACUUCUUGUACGUCAAGAGCAAUUCGGCCGCGCGGGCCGCUGCGAAGGCGAAGUCGGACGCCUUGGAAAGGAUGAAGGCGGCGGCCGUCGGGGACAAGACCGGUGGGAGCAAGUUCGUGCCGUUUCCCCAGCACGCCAGGCCGCCGCCACCACGAGCGACGAAGCGCGUCAAGACCUGGCAGGACAUCGAGGCCAUGCAGGCGCAGACCUUCUCCCUCAAGCCGCAGAAGGACUCGAACGUCAAGAAGAUCAGCGUGGAGCAGUCCGCCAUGGACGACUUCGUUGGAUAUCUCAAGCAGACGGGUCUCGGGAAGCACCGGUGCGCCCUGCUGUUCGGGCGCGUCAGCCCAAGCACCAACAGCAUCAAGGUGGAGGCGAUGUACGAGCCCCCUCAGCAGCAACCGCAGCGGCGAGAGGGAGGUAGUAGUAGCAGCAGCAGCAGCACGUACGAUCCGUCCGCUCUGGCGGAGGCUGCCAGGGUGGCGGUGGAGGCGGCGACGCUAGAAGAUGGUGGGAGUGGGGAGUUCGAGGCCGAAGGCUCGGCGGCGGCGGCGGACGUUGCCCGGGCUGUGAGGGUGGCGGGGCUCUUGGGCUUGCGCUUGGUGGGAUGUUGCCUCAGCCACGACAAGAGGGAGCACUUCAUGGCGGCCGCGGACGUGGCGACGGCGUCCGCCCUGCAGCUCAUGUCGAUGGCGGACAAGGGCAAGGAGGAAGGCGUUUUCGUGGCCACGGUGACGGUGCCGGUCAACGCGACAAGUGGAGAGAUCGCCACGGAAGCUUUCAGCGUCAGCAACCAGACCGUGCAGAUGUUCAGCGAGGGGGUGCUUGGGCACCACCAGCCUGAACCAACCGCGGACAAGGUAACAACUACGGUGGCGGUUAAGGAGGGAAGCAAGGAAACAAUGACACCGGAGACGCUCGGACUGAUCUGCAACGUGGCUAUCGUGCAGCACGAGGGGGUGUUGCAGACGAGAUUCCCUUCGGCGAAUCGAUCGAAGGCAGCGUCCCUUUCUGACCUCAAGGAGUGCCUCUUCGGGAAGAUUGGAUCCAAGGCGGCAGCAAAGAACCAAAAGAAGCAAAAGCAGCCGUCCUUUUUGAAACGGCUGUCGGACUUUCAGCUCUUGCUGUUUUUGUCUCGCCAGAUGGGGUUCUCGAGAGAUUUCGAAGAGCUGUGCUCCGUGGUGCAGAAGCGAGACGGAAAGAGCCCCGCCCUGGACAAGCUCAAGGUCGUCCUGGAAAAUCUCUGCGACGCAUGAUUGUAGAUACCGCCAGGGCAGCAACCUUCGGACGGAUGGUGCUUCGCGAGAGGUGGAGGCCGGGAGUCGGGGGCAGAGUAGCAUCGGUGGCUGCGGGUGUUUGAGGCGACCGUAGGCGGGGCGGUGUGGGGUUUGCGGCUGCGUUUGGGUAUCGGAACCAACUCUGGAGCUUCCACACUCGCGCGUGUCGUGCGCUGCUGCAGUGGGUGUCUUGGUGCAUGAUUGGGAAGCAAGAGUGCGCUCUGUUCUGUCAUGUGGACAGAGGAGUUGGCUGCUACUGCAAUACCUACCAGGAUGUUUGCCGGGUGAGGGUUGCCGUGUUGCGAUAUCCGGCGCUCUGCGACACAGACGUUGUGUACAGAAGCUGUGUUGGGUAUGCAAGCGAGUGGGGGAGCAGAGUUGCCGCCGUGCGUGACGCGAACGAGACUCCGCGGUGCGCAGCUAGAGAAGUAAGUGUUUUUGUCGAUAGUGUGGUCUAUCUACAUGGAUGAUAAAUUGGAUGUCUUCGGUAGAGUGUAGGCAUGAGAAGUGCGUUCGUGGUUGGCACGCUGUCAGAUUCGUCGAGUGGGAUGCGUAUUUUUGCGAAGGUGGUUGUUGUUGUGUUCGUUUGGGCACCUGGUUGCGCUAGUGAUGUAACUCCGUCAGUCUCGGUGGGAAUAGCCGAAAACUCGUACUUCUUGUGAUUAUCGUUCGAAAUGGAAGGAAGCGGGUCGAUGUCCAUAGUUGUUGCGUUCAUUCACGAGGCAUAUCAUUGAAAACGGCAUGGG